AUGGGACUGCCCGCUCUGGAGUUCAGCGACUGCUAUCUGGACAGCCCGCAGUUCCGAGAGAGGCUCAAGUCUCACGAGCUGGAGCUGGACAAAACCAACAAGUUCAUCAAGGAGCUCAUCAAGGACGGCAAGGCGCUCAUUCAAGCCCUGAAAAAUCUCUCCACAGCACAAAGGAAGUUUGCUGAAUCGCUGAACGAAUUCAAGUUCCAGUGCAUAGGAGAUGCUGAGACAGAUGAUGAAAUGUGCAUUGCCAAGUCACUGCAGGAGUUUGCUGGCGUCCUCCAGAACCUCGAGGACGAGAGGACACGGAUGAUUGAGAAUGCAAACGACGUUCUGAUCACACCGCUGGAGCGGUUUAGGAAGGAGCAGAUCGGAGCCGCCAAGGAGGCGAAGAAGAAGUACGACAAGGAGACUGAAAAAUACUGUGGUGUACUGGAGAAGCACCUCAGCCUGUCAGCGAAGAAGAAGGAGUCGCACCUUCAUGAAGCAGACAGUCAGGUGGAUAUCGUGAGGCAGCAUUUCUACGAGGUGUCACUGGAAUACGUGUUUAAAGUACAGGAGGUCCAGGAGAGGAAGAUGUUUGAGUUUGUGGAGCCGCUGUUGGCUUUUCUGCAGGGACUGUUCACAUAUUAUCACCAUGGGUAUGAGCUGGCCAAAGACUUUAACCACUUCAAGACUGAUCUCACCAUCAGCAUCCAGAAUACGCGGAACCGAUUUGAGAGCACACGUUCGGAGGUGGAGAGCCUGAUGAAGAAGAUGAAGGAGAAUCCGCAUGAGCACAAGAGCAUCAGUCCUCACACUAUGGAGGGGUACCUGUUCAUCUUGGAGAAACGUUCUUUUGUGUCUACAUGGGUGAAGUACUACUGCACUUACCAACGGGAGCCUAAGCGGCUCACCAUGGUUCUGUUUGACCAGAAAUCCGGAGGCAAAAUUGGAGAGGAGGAGAGCUUCAUCCUUAAAUCCUGCACCAGGAGGAAAACGGAUUCCAUAGAGAAGAGGUUCUGCUUUGAUGUGGAGGCCAUAGACCGGCCUGGUGUGAUGAUAACCAUGCAGGCCCUAUCAGAAGAAGACCGCAGGCUGUGGAUGGAAGCUAUGGAUGGAAGAGAGCCAGUGUACAGUUUGAAUCAAGACAGCCAGAAUGAAGCCAUGGCCCAGUUGGACGUGAUUGGCUUCAAUGUGAUCAAGAAGUUCAUCUACGCUGUAGAGACUAGAGGCAUCGAUGAGCAGGGAUUGUACAGAAUUGUUGGCGUCAACUCCAGAGUGCAGAAGCUGUUGAGCCUCACAAUGGACCCCAAAACGUUUGCCGAUGUAGAACUGGAUAGCUCCGAGUGGGAGAUCAAGACCAUCACCAGUGCUAUCAAACACUACCUCAGGAUGCUACCUGCACCUCUGAUGACCUACCAGUACCAGAGGAGCUUCAUAAAAGCUGCCAAGUUAGAUAAUCCAGAGGCUCGUGUGGCUGAGAUCCACAGCAUUGUCCAUCGUCUCCCUGAGAAGAAUAGGCAGAUGUUGGAGCUGCUGAUGAAACACCUGGCCAAUGUGGCCAGCCACCACCAGCAGAACCUGAUGACAGUGGCCAACCUGGGCGUGGUGUUUGGCCCCACCCUGCUUCGGCCGCAGGAGGAGACAGUGGCUGCUAUCAUGGACAUCAAGUUCCAAAAUAUCGUGGUGGAGAUCUUGAUUGAGAACCAUGACAUGAUCUUCAAAGACACGCCGACUCCUGGAGUUGGACAGCCUGGCCAGCUCAACCUGCCCAGGAGAAAGAGCACAGAGAGCAAGGCUCCAUCCUGCAGCGAGAGACCUCUUACCCUCUUCCGCACCCCUACACACUCAGAGAAGGACAAAGCGGCAGUGGAGAAGUGGAACAGCGUGGUCCUGAACUCCAGUUCAGAAUCACAAGCAACAUCACUCAACUGCAAUAGCACUCACAACUGGAACAAGCUCAAUAACCUGACCAGUACAGACGGAGACCAAGAUGGGCUUCUUGUGGCAAGGCAGAGCCGCCCCAAUGCGCUGCAAAAUCCCAAGGGCCGUGGCAGUAUUUCAACAAGCCCAGCUUCUCCCAGUCCCACCUCGCCACGCUCCCCCUCCUGGCCGAUGUUCUCUGCCCCAUCCAGCCCUCAGCCGGCCUCCUGUACCUCCAGUGAAUCUUCCCCGCUCAGCCCCCCUCCGCGGAAAGCCCGAGCUCUGUACGCUUGCAAAGCUGAACAUGACUCAGAGUUGUCUUUCAUCGCAGGCACUAUAUUUGAGAACGUUCAUCCAUCAAGGGAACCAGGCUGGCUAGAGGGCACCUUGGAUGGACGAACUGGGUUAAUACCUGAGAACUAUGUGGAAUUUAUGUAGCUGCAGACUGGAAGAUGACAAGCUACUGCAAAGACUGAAGCAAAGACAAGGAAGAACCAUAAGUUUUAUAAAGUUUUAUAGGCCAUGAAUCCCAAAUCCAGAGGAAAGAUGUGUUUUUGUGUGUGUGUGUGUGUGUGUGUGUGUGUGUGUGUGUGUGUGAGAUUGAUGGUAAGAAUACUUUGCCUCCUAAAAUGCACUGCCACUGUGUGAAGCAUCCUCUAAAGCUGACUCAAAGGAGAGCGAGUAAAAAAUUGGGACCAAGUCGUUGCUGCUUCUCCCACAAUCAAGGACCUGAGCUUUUUCCAGGGGCUGCUUCAUCACAAACAGUGGAGAUGAUUUUCCCCUCAUGAACAUUCUAAAUGUGAGCACUUGCUGUUUGCCCUUGUCAGCCUGGUUCUAGGACACGACAGAAAAUUCACACUGCUUCCAUGCAGUCUGAGGCUUUGGGAAUGUCUCCAUCUUCCAUCCGUCACACCUUCCCAUGUGAUAUGUUUAGAACUACUAUGAGAAAGUUGUUAAUCAUGGAAACAAAGACUGAUUUUCGAUUGUCUGAACUUGCACUCUUUUGUAUUUAAGGAAGUUAUUUCAGAGUUCCUCUUCCUCUCCUUCUCUCAGCAGGUAUGUAAAAGGGUAAAAUGUAAAAUAAUUUUCAAUGUGAAUCUCUAUGGUCAUAUGUAAACCGCUCUUAUUUAUGAUGCAUUUCCUCAGUUGAGAUUUGUGUUCUCCUGAAUUUUAUUAACAUUGUAAAUAAUUGAGUUGAUAAGGUAUAAUUUUUAUGUAAAAAAAAUUAUAUUUUGUACUCUAGCUUACUAACUUAAUUUUGUUUUUUGGCAUCACAGUUUCCCUUUUUACAUUUUUUAAAAAAUACAAUUUAAUUUUGGAGCCUUAAUGUUCUUUAGAAUAUUAAAUCAGAAGAUGAAGCGAGAUCACGGUGUUCAGGUUUUCUUUACUCGAGUCCAACAAUGAAAUUCCAGGAGAUGAUGAAUUUUUGAGCCGGUUAUCAUUUUUAUUUGGCUCAAGAAUUUGCAUACCAGUUAAGAAGCUUCAGAGCUGUUCAGAUGUCGGAGAACAUGCUGAUAGCCACCAUUAAUCAGGGCUGUUGCUAGGAACAGAACAAGGGGUGUCUCUAAAAUUUGAAUACUGACAUUUUUGCUAACGCAUGUGGGCUUCAUGGGAGGCAUUCGGUGGUAUUUUCUCCAGGACACUUUAACAUCUACAAGCACCAUUCACAGUCAUUUGAGCCUAUCCACCCAAAUCAAGCCCUCUUUUGAGAAAGCAUAUUGAACAACAAGUCCUUAUUAGAAAGCAAGUGAAUAAUAAUAAUAACCGUGUUAGUCGCUGGGGUAGGUAGUAACGCUUGUACAUUAUCUAUUGUGAAGAAAAAAAAAAGGCCUUUUCUUUUUUGAUAUAGUUUCAUAAAUUGGCCAGUUUGGUUACCUUUCCUAAAGCCAAAGAUAGGGUGUGAGUGCACGUUGUCUUUAGUGAAUCUAAUGUAUUAGUCAACACGACUUGGGUCUUUUAUUAUUUAAGAUAGAAGGACACAAACAAUGUGCUACUCGCAGUAAAUACAGUGUUUAAAGGAAAUAAGCAAAACAAUGUCUGUAAUUUGUGUAUCGGGUAUGCUAGUAUGCAGAAUAGCUAAUCUUUUUGAAGUUUUAGUAGUUUUUAAAGGAAUGUGAUCUGUAAUUUGCUAAAACUUUAGCUAGUUUAUCUGACAUCAUCUAAUUUAGCUUACUUUCUAUCCACAUGCUAGCCAACAGUUUCAAUUUAUUUAACUCAUCCUUUUAAACACUGCAUUUACUACAGGUAACACUUCGUUCUGUCCUUCAGACUGAAGAUUUUCUAUAACGAAUGCUUUGAACCUAGAGGAAAGCAUCAUAGGCGGGUGGGGGUGGUUAUCUGAGUAUAUGGAUGUCCAAACUCCUCGUAGUAUUUACUUGUUUCUUUAUUGGAAUAAGCUAACGUAUUAGUGCUAGUUGAACAAGAGAGCAAAGAGUCUCAAAAGCUGUGCUCCAAAAACUACGAUCCACACCAGUUUAAUUAGAGUCAAUGACUCUGUUUAGACUUGCCAUUAAACUGCACCCACGUCUGUCUGUAAUCGCAUUUGUGAUCAGAAUGUGUUCGGAUCUGUCCUCAUCACAUUGCAGUUGCAAGCGCCUUUUAAUCAGAUGUGCGAAUAAACACAAUACGCGCAGCUGUGCUGCAUUAAGUCUAACGACGUCUCCCAAAACUUUUAGUAUCGUUCCUGCCUCUCUUGUUAAGUUAUUUUUAGGUGUCUGCAUGCACGCAGGCUCACUGACACAAAAGUUGAAAACACCUGUGUCACCUCCUUUCACAGCUGCCCACCAUUUUACCAUCUUUUUCUUCUGACUGUGCUUAAGUUGUAGCUGAUAAGCAAACUUGCGUAAGUCAGUCUUUUCGUUCUGUGUGACUUAAAAGCCUGGAAUGCUCUGCACUGCUCUGCAGAACGUUUUCUAAAGCAUUAAACCUUCCUAAGCCAUAAUAGGCUCUUUCUACUCUGAACCAGCGGCACGCCUGAUUUGAAAGUUUGAAUAUUGCCCUGGGAAAUGCAAUCCGAUCAGUAGAAGAUCAUUAUAGGCCCUUUUAUUUAUUCAUCUUUCAUUUUUACCCAAGCCUUCUAUUCCAUUCAGGUUCUCCCAGGUCUUUUUUCCUGCUUUUAUCCUGAAGUUGGAAUGCAUGACUAAUCAAGUUGUGUAA